AAAAAAAGAAAAAAAGAAAAAAAAUAGUUUGCUUAAUUAAUUAGUAUUGCUGCAAUAAGAUCCUAUAGGAUUAAUCUACCUCUAAUCCCUAAGUCUAUAAUAGUUAUGCUCAUGGCUUCCUUAGCAUUUUCCGCCAAGGGGCAGUGCAUUUCAGUGUCAAAAAUGGUGGUUUCUGAUAAGAAUAAGCAUAAAAGAGAAGGCUUGUUUAAUAUAAAUAAGGUUAUUUUUGCGGCAAAACGUGACAAUACUAGAGGCACUAUUGUUACAAAUGUUGCUAGCCAAUUACCAGCAAUAAUUCCAUCGCCGGUGAUAGAUGUUGCUACUGACCAGAAUCAUGUCGCUUGGACAAGUGUCCGGCAAGAAAGAUGGGAAGGAGAGCUUGUUGUACAAGGAGAAAUUCCUUUAUGGCUGAAAGGGACGUACCUUAGAAACGGCCCUGGCCUCUGGCACAUAGGAGAUUACAAAUUCCGGCACCUUUUUGACGGUUACGCCACAUUAGUCAAACUCCACUUCGAAAACGGCCGAUUAAUGGCCGGUCACCGGCAAGUUGAAUCGGAAGCCUACAAGGCGGCAAAAAAGAACAAAAAGUUAUGCUACCGCGAAUUCUCCGAAGCACCAAAGCCCGAUAACUUCUUAGCCUAUAUCGGAGAUCUCGCUAACCUCUUUUCUGGUGCUUCUUUAACCGAUAAUGCUAAUACCGGCGUAGUGAAGCUCGGCGAUGGCCGUGUUGUUUGUUUAACUGAAACACAAAAAGGAUCAAUUAUAAUCGAUCCGGAUACCUUGGAUACGAUAGGGAAAUUUGAGUUUACCGAUUCGCUAGGAGGUUUAAUACAUUCGGCUCAUCCGAUAGUGACCGAUACGGAAUUUUUGACUUUGUUGCCCGAUUUGAUAAGACCGGGUUACUUGGUGGUGAGGAUGGCGCCUGGUAGUAAUGAAAGGAAAGUGAUCGGAAGAGUGGAUUGCCGGGGCGGACCGGCGCCUGGAUGGGUACAUUCUUUUCCGGUGACCGAACAUUAUGUUAUAGUGCCAGAAAUGCCAUUGAGAUAUUGUGCAGCGAAUUUGUUAAAAGCUGAGCCCACGCCGCUUUAUAAAUUUGAGUGGCAUCCUGACUCUAAAGCCUUUAUGCACGUUAUGUGCAAAGCUAGUGGUAAAAUUGUGGCAAGCGUAGAGGUGCCAUUGUACGUGACAUUCCAUUUCAUAAAUGCAUAUGAGGAGAAAGAUGAAGAUGGAAGAGUUAAAGCAGUGAUAGCUGAUUGUUGUGAACAUAGCGCAGACACCACCAUUUUAGAGAAGCUUAGGCUACAAAAUCUUCGCUCUUUCGGGGGCGUAGACGUGCUGCCUGAUGCUAGGGUUGGGAGAUUUACAAUUCCUCUGGAUGGGAGUCCAUAUGGGAAGUUGGAGGCAGCAUUGGACCCAGAUGAGCAUGGAAGAGGCAUGGACAUGUGCAGCUUUAACCCUUCAUUUUUGGGCAAAAAAUACAGAUAUGCUUAUGCUUGUGGAGCCCAACGUCCCUGCAACUUCCCCAACACUCUCACCAAGAUCGAUUUAGUCAAGAAAAAGGCAAAGAAUUGGCAUGAUGAAGGUGCUGUGCCUUCUGAACCUCUUUUUGUGACCAGGCCUGGUGCUACAGAAGAAGAUGAUGGUGUAGUAAUCUCUAUUAUUAGUGAGAAAAAUGGAGAUGGGUAUGCUCUGUUAUUAGAUGGAUCCACAUUUGAAGAGAUUGCAAGAGCCAAGUUUCCUUAUGGUCUACCUUAUGGGUUACAUGGAUGUUGGGUGCCAAAGAAAUGAUUUCUAUAUAUACAUACACAUGAUUAACAGUUUGAUGAUUAUUUAUAUGCCUAAUUAAGGAGUUCAUAUAUAUAUUAUCCAUCCAUCAAUAUCAAUUAUUGGUGUUUAAUUACGUUUCUCUCCGGUGAUAUGCUUAAUUAGGGUUUCCCUUUCUGUACAUUAUUUAUUGUACUUUUGUAUGCUUGCCUUUUACCUCAGGUU